GAGAGACACGGGAGGAGGGGGGACUGGCCGUGAAGGGCGCUGCCCUCGCUCCUCUUCUGCCCGGCCUGGGCUCCGGGGGUGCCUGGCCGCCGCGACUCCAUCCGUGGCCCUCCGGGAGAAGGGAUCACUCUCCUCCUUCGGUGACUUAGCAAGAAAAGUAUUCUUGGAUAGGAAGGGCGUGGGGAAUAGGUCGCUCUCUGAUCUUGGGGAAAGGGCUCGGCCCUUCUUUCCCGGGCCGCGGAGGCGAGCUCCGCAGUCCCCACCCCACCCGCGGUCGUCGGCUCGGGGACUGGACUCAGCCCCGCGCCUCCUUGGCUCCCACAGGGCCUUUCAAGCGUCGCGUUCCCCACCUGUCCUCAGGAUGGGGUUGACCUGAGGAGGAUGGCCCACCGCCUCCCUGGCUCACCGGUGCGGUGGUCCGCCCUUCUGUACUCUUCGAGGAGGAGUGGCCCGACCCACCGAACAAUCUGCAGCAUCCACCCACCGAAUCAGGCAGGAUUUCGCUUUCUGCGACCGGCUCCUCGAACGGGAGUUGCCUUUUGACGUUGUUAACAUUGAGCUUCGAGGCCCUUUGCCAUUCUUCGUCAUCUAAUCUAAUCUCACUCCUUUGGGAAACGCAGUGCUAGUGUAUAUUUACCCUUUUCAGUCUCCCAGGUGGGAUGAGCCUUACUUGUUGAAUAUCUCCUGGUAGCUGGUUGGCUUCAUUUACAAAAGAAGCAUUUUCCCCUGCGUGGAAGCCUCUUGGUGUAAUUAUAAAUCCAGAGAUUGAAAAGCUUUUUGAUUUCCCAGAAGGAGGGACGUACCACUGUAUCAGAUAAGCUUUGACAUUGCAGCCAAAAUGGUGCUGUCCCAGAGACAACGAGAUGAACUAAAUCGAGCUAUAGCAGAUUAUCUUCGUUCAAAUGGCUAUGAAGAAGCAUAUUCGGUUUUUAAAAAGGAAGCUGAACUAGAUAUGAAUGAAGAAUUAGAUAAGAAGUAUGCCGGUCUUUUGGAAAAAAAAUGGACAUCUGUUAUUAGAUUACAGAAGAAGGUUAUGGAAUUAGAAUCAAAGCUAAAUGAAGCAAAAGAAGAAUUUACAUCCGGUGGACCUCUUGGUCAAAAACGAGACCCAAAAGAAUGGAUUCCCCGUCCACCAGAAAAAUACGCAUUGAGUGGUCAUAGGAGUCCAGUCACUCGAGUCAUUUUCCAUCCUGUGUUCAGUGUUAUGGUCUCUGCUUCAGAGGAUGCUACAAUUAAGGUGUGGGAUUAUGAGACGGGAGAUUUUGAACGAACUCUUAAGGGGCAUACAGACUCUGUACAGGACAUUUCAUUUGAUCAUAGUGGCAAGCUUCUGGCUUCCUGUUCUGCAGAUAUGACUAUAAAACUAUGGGAUUUUCAGGGCUUUGAAUGCAUCAGGACCAUGCACGGCCAUGACCACAAUGUUUCUUCUGUAGCCAUCAUGCCCAAUGGAGAUCAUAUAGUGUCUGCUUCAAGGGAUAAAACUAUAAAAAUGUGGGAAGUGCAGACUGGCUAUUGUGUGAAGACAUUCACAGGACACAGAGAAUGGGUACGUAUGGUACGCCCAAACCAGGAUGGCACACUGAUAGCCAGCUGUUCCAAUGACCAGACUGUGCGUGUAUGGGUCGUAGCAACAAAGGAAUGCAAGGCUGAGCUCCGAGAACAUGAACAUGUGGUAGAAUGCAUUUCCUGGGCUCCAGAAAGCUCAUAUUCUUCCAUCUCUGAAGCAACAGGAUCUGAGACUAAAAAAAGUGGCAAGCCUGGGCCAUUCUUGCUGUCCGGAUCCAGAGACAAGACUAUUAAGAUGUGGGAUGUCAGUACUGGCAUGUGCCUUAUGACCCUUGUGGGUCAUGAUAAUUGGGUACGUGGAGUUCUGUUUCAUUCUGGUGGGAAGUUUAUUUUGAGUUGUGCUGAUGACAAGACCUUACGUGUAUGGGAUUAUAAGAACAAGAGAUGCAUGAAGACCCUCAAUGCGCAUGAACACUUUGUUACCUCCUUGGAUUUCCACAAGACGGCACCCUAUGUGGUUACUGGCAGUGUAGAUCAAACAGUAAAGGUGUGGGAGUGCCGUUGAUUGAGUCUCAUUUGGCCCCUCCUUCCUUUUUCCUCUGGAUGCACUCUGAUGAUACCAUGGUUACCCCAUUGAGCUCUGUUUAAAUAAAUAUUGUCCUUUCAUGUAAAUUAUUCUGGAUGUAGAUUGAGCUUAUUAAAUGUUACACACAAAGUAUUCAUGCAUGGUGAAUCCAAAUUGUAUACUGUAAAUUUACAUACGUUGUCUAGAAGUACCAUAGGGUUUAAAAACCUGGGCUGGCAUUGGUCACACCAGGCCUAAGAAGGCAGAAGUUGAAAAAAUUGAACUAGGGCACUAAACUGAAUAGUUGACAGUGUCAUUUUAUGUUGGAUUAUUAAUUCCUGUUUUUCUUUCUGCUAUCUGUUGGUGCCUGACUUGAUGGCCUCAUUUGGGGGAAAGUGGUGGUUUUAGGACUUUUUCUGAAAUGUGUAUCUAUGUAACAUCACUUAAGUGUGCUUACUAAAUCUUUAAGGAUGUUAGAUAAUAAGGCUACAAUUCAAAAUUUUCUGAACCAUCUAUGUAAUUAUUGGAGAUAACACAUUGGAAUUUUUGUCAUGACACAUUUGCCAAAUCAGUACGGUUCAUUUGUUUUGGCAGCCUAUCAAGCAAAAGUUAGUGGUAUAUUUAUGUAAGAAAAUGACUGUAAAUUUCAAAUAAGAAAAAUCUCAGCAGCUAAUAGCAACUCAUUUAUUUCAUUUGGGUCUUAAUGCUUUGUAAGCAGGUUAGAAAACACUGUCAUACUCUUAGCUUCUAUUUUCCACACUAGACAUACUUCUAGUUGUCUCCAUAUUAUUAGACUGUAUAGUGAUGUGACUUCCAAGUAGAAUUUAAUCUUCCCAUUGAGUGUGUCAUGGUACAAAUCACUAUUUGUUUUUUGAUGUUUUUUAGGGAUGUGCAAUGUGCAUUACAAUGACAGAAAUACUGAAAAGGUUAUGUUUGCCCAUUUUAAAGGAGUGGGAGAAAUACAACAGUUUGUUUUUCAACAUGAAUCUGAUAUUGAUUUGAACUGUGUUUUACUUAAAAGUUUAUAAAAUGACAGGGUUUAAUGGAGCGUGCAUAAAAAAAUGUACUGUGUUUUCACUUUUGGUUUAUAUAUAAAUGUUUAUAAGUAUAUGGGCCUAUCUAUAAGUGGAUAAGUCUGUAUGUGUAUAUCACACAUCAACCUCCAUGUCCUUGGUCCUAGGGUUCUGAAGAAGUGCUAAAACAGAUAAGUAGAAUAAAUCUCACUGUGGAAUGCCAUGCUUUAGAUAUAAACCCUUUUUGAUUGUAAUUAUUCUGAAAACUAGUUCUGACUCUGUGGAGAUUUUUUCCAGCUGAGGGAAAAUUACUUUUGUUAUUUUCCCCUCUAAUUUGGCCAUUCAGCAUUUUACACAUCCUAGAUAUAUUGUAUAUUUUAAUCCAAAGUUAUUACAAGUAGGUAAAAGAAUUUUUAUCCAUGACUUUUGGAACACUGUUCAUUCAUUCCAUUGUUAGUUAUUAAUAAAGAAUUCCAUUCCUUAGCUAACCAUUUUUUUAAAGAAAGUUUGAAAAGUUAACAGAACAAUGAAAUAACAGUGACAGUUUAACAAAAAAUUUAUUGUGAAUUUCAUUUUAUUCAUUUGUGUAAUAUGUGAUUUUUUUUUUUAAUGUCCCUUUUAGUAUUUAAUGGAAAUUUGGUUACUGAAGAAGACAAAGGGUGAGAGUUAACGUCCUGUAGAUACACACACAGAGACUAGGCCAUAUAUUAACUAGAAGCAGCUUUAUGUCUAGCUUGUGUCUUUUCGUUUGUUUGCUUAUUUGUUUUUAAUAAUUCCUGAGAGAGGUCUCUGGAAGGGAAAGUGUUUUUGAAAGCUAAUGGCUAUUUUUUGAGGACAAAAAUUACAUCUUAAGCUAAUUCCUUAAAUACAGUAGACUAACAUUCAGGACAAUAUUGCCUCACAACCCUGCUUACAUUGAGAAGUCUUUUUUUUUCCCCUUCUGAGUGGAUUUUUUCUUUUUUUACAAAAACUAUGGAAAAUAUCUUUGUUCUUGUUUGCUGCUAUAUCCUGUCCUAUUUUGAGAAAUAUAAAUACAUAGAAAUGGUGCAUCUUAACAUUUGUACAUGUAUAAAUGUCUUGUAUUUUAAUUUCUUUUUAGCAUGAAUUGUUUAAGGGUAAGCCACAACAUCUAGAAAUCACUCAUAAAUAUGAACAAUAAAGGAAAAAUGGUACCAGUGUAGGAGGAAACGAUUUCUUCUCCUGCAGCAUACAGUGACUUUCACUGACAAAGGAGGAGAAACAAUUACUCUGUGAACAAAGUUAUCCUUACUUGGGAGAUUGCCACAGCCUGCUGCUUAGUCGAGUUACCAGAUAUCCUCCAUUUAAGAAGCAGCGAACAUUGAAUCUCAGGGAUGGUCCACAACUGGAUCCAAAUGUAAUGAGCCCUGUUUGAAUAAUGAAGGGGAGUGGGGGAGAGCAAUCCAUCUACAAUCUAGAAUCAGAUUUGCAAAGGUUUCCUGCAUUGUUGUCUGACACUGCCCUGUUGAUGCCCUUUCUCUGUGUUCUCUAUUUUCUCUGUCUGCUGUCUAACCCCGUGCCUUGCCUGGGAUAAGGACAAUGAUGGUUACUGGUUUGGAUUGUAAGUAGAGGAUUUUAUUAAUUGGUUUAGAAAUUCACUGCUGCUUUGUCACUUUCUCAAGCAAAUUGGCCACUUAUUUAAGAAAUAAAAAGCUGGUAGAGUU